AUGCACGAUCGGCCCUUGUUCUACUAUUCGGCAAUAGGAUGUGCUGCGAUGGGUGGUCCCGGUGAUACCCAGCAAAACGAACAGAAUAAUAUGAUAAUUAUUAAUGAUCCCAGGGUACUAAAAUCGUUUGUACGGCUAGUAUAUAUAUUCACCAUAAUAUUCUGCCUGUGUUCGGUGGUUCCAUGGCUGACAAUUUCCGCCACUGGACUCAUCGUGGACCAAUCCAUUCCUGUGCCAUCUUUCGUCUGGCUCAUCCUGGCCUUCAUCUGCCUGAUAACUCUGAGUUGCUGUGGCCAGGUGCGUUUUCAAAACCCCUGCAAUCUAAUUCUGGCAGUGUUUACGGUGUUGUUAAUAACUCUCUGCGGAUCCUACUACAUGUUUAUGAUUAAUAUAUGGAUCCUUCUAGUUGCUCUGCUGGCCAGUGGAUCAUUUGUGGUACUACUGAAUCUUUGCGGGGCCAAAUGUCCUUUGAAAAUGCUGCCCAAUGAUUUCUGGGCCAGCGUUGUUAUGGCUUCUUGUGUGAUACUACUUUUUGCAUUGGGAGUAUCUAUGUUCUUUGUAAGAAGCUCCAUUAUUUGCUUAAUGAUAGGCUUCGUACUAAUUAUUCUGGUGGUGACCAUGGGCCCUUAUCAGUCGCAAUACAUCCAUGGACGUCGGAAUUUUAUACCCCUUGGUGAUGCACCGCCCUCCAGUUCACCAGUCCUCCGGUCCUCCAAUCCUCCGGCUCUGCAGUUCCGGGCCAAAAUAUUGACAAAUGCGACGGGCAGAAGGGAGCGGAAGUGGUUGUGUCUGCACCUGAGGCGAAAUAUACUCUGCAACAAAUAA